AUGUCCCUUGAGGUUCUGUUCCGGAGCGGACAUGAGGGUGAGACUCGGCCUCCACUGGUGUUUAUUCCUGGAUCCUAUCAUGGCGCAUGGUGCUGGGAGGAAAAUUUCUCCCCCUAUCUUUCACAAAAGGGGUACGACUGCUAUGCUCUCAGUCUGAGGGCACAGGGUGGCAGUGACAGGGGUGACCUCAAGCUUGCAGGUACCCUGGACUCCCACGCACAGGACAUUGCGAACUUUGUAUCCUCACUGGGCAGGCCACCGGUGCUAGUGGCACACUCAUUCUCAGGGCUGUUUGCGCUCAGGUUCAUCGACGGCUCUGACAGGAAUAAUGGGUUCCCAAACAUUGCAGGCGUCGCGCUCCUCUGCUCCACGCCUCCCUCUGGGAAUGGCAAGUUGAUUGGGAGAUUCUUCCGGAGGGACCCUCUGCUUUCUGUGCAGAUAACCUGGGCCUUUGUCACCAAGUCGUUUGCUAGGAGCCUUGAGGCCUGCCAGCAAACCUUCUUCUCCCCUGACAUUCCCAAUGAAGAUCUGGAGAGAUACCAGGCCCAGCUGGCUGCCUGCAGCUCUGUACCCCUUUUGGACAUUCGGGCAGUCAAUAAGGACCUCCCACUCCCAAAGCCAAGAAGUCAGCUUCCUCCAUCUUUCGUCCUGGGUGGUGUAGAAGACAGAAUCGUCGACAGGUGGUUAUUGGUUUUGUAA